AUGACUCGCAACACGAUGAUGGCUACGCCGUCGUACUAUGGCGGCAACGCCGAGCAGACCUCCUUUCAGUACUCUUACCAUCGCCCAGCACCUUACCGACCAAUGUCCACGGCAGCUUACUAUGAUCGGCAAACGCCCUACGCCUACCAUGAGCCGAUGCGACAAGAACUACGCAUGGAGCACGUGGGCCGGCCGGUAACGCGAGCAAUGAUCAGUGCGCCGGAAACUGAAUUUGUCCCCGGAGCUAAUGGCAAUUCGCGUCGACGCAUUGCGGUUGCGUGCUCGCGGUGCCGCAGACGCAAGAUAAAGUGCUCCGGUGAUCCCGGCGACGGCAGCGGAUGUCAAGCUUGCAGGACGGCGACCAGCGAUACUUCCACUUGCACUUUCAUCAGAGUUGGCGCGUACGAAUUAUCAAGAGCGGGCAAUGCGGGCAUCGAGCCUUAUCCGCAAGCCAGCAGCGCUCCGCAGUCAGCCUCCUACGGACCUGAUCCACCGAAUAAUACAGGCUGGAACCACAGCCUCCAUGCGCGUCCAUCACUGCCGACUUUGCAUACACGCAGCUCGUGGAUGGACAACUAUGACCAGUAUGACAGCUCUCAUGUUGACGCGUACACCUAUGCUUCGUCUGCUGUACCUCGUCAAGACUCUUACGCCAGCUCCUACGGCUCGUUGGAAAGCUAUCGGUCAUGGAGUACGACGGGCUCCAUCUCUGCUCCAGUACCAGCCAGUUGCUUCGAGCAGCCGCAAUCCUACAGCUUCGGAAGCCUUCAUGCACCGGCUCAUCCAACAUCAACGUCGGGUCGCCUGCCAAGUGUCAGCGGAGAGAUUGUUUCACCCCUCAACAUGGGCUCUCUACACUCAUCCCUCCCUUUACAGACGGUGCAGGAGCGCCGCCUGCCAGCGCCAUACACUGUUCAAUAUCCGCCGCAGAACCAGUACCCUUCCGUCCCGGUUCCAGAGGUGCGGCCGCUUGGAUCUUUUACUGAGUCGCGCAUGCCUAUGAACGAAGUAUACCAUGGCCGGCAAGCGAUGCCGUGGCCCGCAGACAGCGCCGCAGCUGUAACGCGUACAGCAGCAAGCACCAGCUCGCACGGCGUACCGACGUAUAAUGUCAUGCCGCAGUUGCAGCAACAGCACAACCACCACCACCAUCACCAGCACCAGCCUCACCCCGGCAAUAGUACGCCAGCAUUUGAUAGCACUGUGCUUGGCUAUCAGUUCAGCUUCAGGACUAAUCACACAGCGCCUAGCGGCUCGCCCGAGGUCUCUCCAUCGUCAGGACCAACACUCUCCGACACCAACCCUAGCACAGCGUCUACUACGUCUUCAACAGCUUCUAUGCCGCCUCCGAGCCAUUUCGGUUAUACCGGUCCUCAGUCUCAGCAGGCCCCGUCCGUCACAGCAGCCGAGCGGCCCAUGACAGCUGACGCGCCAGGCCCAAGCCUGUACAGUUUCGGCUUGGAAAGCUCGGAAACAGCAGCUAUUGCUGACAGCGAACAAGCUUCCGGUUGCACCGCGAUCCACAUUCCCUUUCCCCGGCAGUCGAAUCUCCACCACGUGGCAAGCGAAGAAGCAAUGGUCCGCCAGCCAAGCUUCGAGCAGCAGUCGGCCUCGACGCACACACACCCGCGGUCUGUGCUUUGCAAGUGCAUGACCCCAACUGCGGCGGUGGAACCACAGCACCUGCGUUUCGUUCUUUGA